GGACUACAGGAAAGCAAUUCAAGAGACAAUGAACGGCGGCUAUCUCACAACCUCUUCACUCGAAUUCACCAUGGACCCCAAACACCCUGUAAAAAGCCCGGAGUCUUACGGAUCGCUAGGAACGGCGGAUCACAGCGACGAUUCUGCCAAAAUGAAACACAGCAAGAAAACCAAAAUUCUCGCAAAAAAGAAGACACGCACAAUAUUUUCUAAAAGCCAGAUCUUUCAGCUCGAGUCGACGUUUGACAUGAAGAGAUAUCUGAGCAGCGCCGAGCGUGCUUGCCUGGCGAACUCGCUUCAGCUUACUGAAACGCAAGUCAAAAUUUGGUUCCAGAACCGCAGAAAUAAACUGAAAAGGCAGCUGUCGGCGGAACUGGAGGUCACGAACGCGACCGAACCUUCUCCCAAGAUAGUCCAGAUGCCCGCAAUGUACAAAGAGAGCAAUUUUCUGCGGAGAUGUUUGUUGCCAGUGUCUUUCCCCAUUCUUUAUUCGGGGAGUAGCACGCCUUAUCUAUGCUUUCCUGAUGCCAGCAAAUAUCUCCAUGUCCUGGAUGGGGACCUAUAA